CUGCUGCGCAACGGGGCGGCUCCGCCCCAGCCAGCAGGAACCGUGCGCGCGGACUUUGGCGUGGGUGGGGGACGGCCGGGGGUCUCGCUUCCUCCCUCUGAACUGAAAGUUAUGCGCAAAAACGCCAUUAUGAAGACUGCGUGGCACCAGCGCCAGCCCCGUCCCUGCUUCGGCUGCUUUUGCUCUCCCGCGCCGCCCGCAUCUGAAGCACCGCUCCGGAGGCCUGAGUGGGGAGGAACCGCCGCCGUUGCCGCCGCCGCGCCCCUCCCAGGAAGCCGCUCCGUCCUGCCUGCCCAGUGCCGCCCUCUGGCGCCGCCACCACCAGGCACGCGGGCCGGGCAAGAUGGCGAUGGCGGGGAGCGCGCGGGGUCUGGGCCGGAGCCGGUUCCGCGGCUGCCUGCUCGGGGCGCUGCUGGGCGACUGCCUGGGCGGAGGCUUCGAGGGCAUGGAGACGGUGGACCCCGCUGCGCUCUUGCGCUUCGUGCGCGCCCUCCAGCCGGCGGGGGCGGCCGCAGCCGAGGAACAGCAGCAGCAGCAGCAGGAGGAGGAGGAGAAGGAGAAAGAGCCGGAGCGCAGCGACAAAAUCCUCUGGUACAGUGAUGACACCGCGAUGACCCACUCUCUGGUGAGGUCGCUGUUGGCCAAGCAGGAUUUUGACGAAGUGGAUAUGGCCAAGCGGUUUGCUGAGGAAUACAAGAGAGACCCUGAACGAGGCUAUGGAGCGGGCGUGACUACUGUGUUCAAGAAACUGCUCAGCCCCAAAUGCAAGGAUGUUUUGGAGCCAGCCAGGCAGCAGUUUAACGGGAAGGGGUCCUAUGGGAACGGCGGCGCCAUGAGAGUGGCGGGCAUUUCGCUGGCUUACUCCAGCGUCCAAGAUGUGCAGAAGUUUGCAAAGCUGAGUGCAGAGCUGACCCACGCCAACUCCUUGGGCUACAACGGGGCCAUCCUGCAGGCCUUGGCCGUUCACUAUGCCCUCCAGGGGGAACUGGACCGAGAGAAGUUCCUGCAGCUGCUGAUCGGCCACAUGGAGGAUGUGGAGGCGGACGACAAGUCUGUGGCUGACGCACGGCUGCUGGGCUAUGAGGAAUUCCCCUUUUCAAAGCGGCUGAAGAAGAUCAAAGAGUUUUUGGAGCAGAGCACCGUCCCCAAGUCGGACGUGGUGUCUGAGCUGGGCAACGGCAUUGCUGCUCUGCACUCGGUCCCCACGGCCAUCUACUCCUUCCUGCGCUGCCUGGAGCCUCAGCCGGACAUCCCCGAGGCCUUCAACAGCCUGCAGCGGACCAUCUUCUACUGCAUCUCGCUGGGUGGGGACACAGACACCAUUGCGACCAUGGCUGGGGCCGUUGCCGGGGCUUACUGUGGGGAAGAGCAGGUGCCUCCCGGCUGGAAGCAGAGCUGCGAAGCCUUCGAGGAGGCGGAGAAGCUGGCCGACAGCUUGUAUGAACUCUACAGCCAGCGGCACUGACCCCUGGAGUGGUCAGAGCAGCCUCCCUGGCGAAAGCCGUCUGAAUGAGGGACUGGUUCUUCGAGGGCAGCAUGCCUAGGGAGUCCUGUGUGGCCAAGAAAGGCUCCUGCUGUCUCCAAGCGCUCAGAAGGACCCCCCGGCCACCUGCAUCGUCUCUUAUUUUCUGCUACUCUCUCUGACUUCCAAGAUUUCUGUUAUUAACUCUUGGCUGCAGGUAACCCUCUUUGUGUUGGGCAUCUCGGCGUCUCAGGCUGCUGGGCCCAAAAUGGGCUUUGUGGGGUUUGGCCGGCAUGUUCUCGGCAGAGUGGUCGGGACCCUCUGGGGCUGGUCUCUGCUGGUAAGGGCAGAAUGAAGAGCCGCAGCUUGGAAGGGUCUCCAAGGUUGGAGACGUUGCACUCCAAGCAACGUUGGGGCGGAAGUUCAUUGUAGGGAAACUGCAUUCUUUGUGUAGUUGCCUUUUCCCCUCUGGCUUUUGGAGAAAUACCCUUUUUGUGACUGAAUUACCUGAUCCCACACAUCUUUGAUUCCAGGAACAGGUGUUGCCAAUAGCAGAUUCCAAAGAACAGCUAUCUGUAGCAUAAACCAAAGAGUGAAUCUGAUGUUGCCCCUAAGUGGAUGUGCUCUUUGAGGCUGCUGGGAUGGAAUGUGGCAGCCCACCCACUAUGCCUGUCUGACCUCAGACACCACCGUAUGCACGUGCACUGGGUAACGAUCAAAUAAGGGCAUAUGUGUACAAAAUAUAACACACCUAGGCGCAGAUAAUAUGGUUGACAUUAAAUCAGCCAUGUUGUUUGUUCAGUUUUCCACAGAGAUGUCUGGGGGGCAGGGAGGGUCUUUGGGAUCUGAAGCUUCAGUUUGGGACUUCAGGAUCAAAACAUGUAACCACUUCAGUGUGGUUACUUCCUCUCUUGAGAAUUAUAGGUUGGCUAGGGCAGUAUCCUUACCCAGACCUUACCCAGAGGCAGUCACCAUUUUUUGGUGGGGAGAGGCCCACUGCAAAUAGGCGAGUGCCACUGGAUCACGGUACCGUCCUAUUAGGGUUACCAACAGUCCCUUGUCCCUUAUUUUCAGCUAAUGGGAAGAACCUGUGGCUCAGAUCAAACCAGUUAUUUUCACUAAUAACGAAAUAAUGAAUGAGCUCCUUCCCUGCCAGAAUCCUCUGUGGUUCUGGUGGGCUGCCAUCUUAGGGUUGCCAUAUUGGGGACAUUAACAGCUACCCAAGAUUGUCUAACUUUGCAUUGUCCAAGUAUCAGGAUCAUGCAAAUCAUGCAAGCGAUGGCUACCAGAUAGGGCUCAUGAGUGAAACCUUUUUUUACUGCUUUAAAACAAUGCUUCUCUUUCUAGAAAACAAAAUGACAUCACACCAUUUGGCUAACCAUGCUUACAUCAAUAAGCAGAGGAGGAGCAAUCGAAGUUGUAACUUGCACUUGAAGGUGGUAAAAACACAUACAGCCCUCAGAUCCCAAUUACUCCCACAUACAUCCAGCCUCGUGUCCCUUAUUUGGUAUGUUGGCAACCCUGGCCCUAUCCAAAUUAAAGUUCUCAAGAAAGGAAGUAACCAAACUGAAGUUGCUGCAUGUCUGGAUCCUGAAGUCCCAACCUGAAGCCAUGCAGUAAUUGGGGGCUUCCCAGUUUACUUCAGUGUUGGUGGUGCUCUGGCCUUUCAGUGAAGCCUCGACGUGGCUUCCGUGGCCACUAGAUCAGUCCUUAAAGCGGGGAAUGGAAGCAGGCGAGCUGUUUGCAUUCAGGCUUGAGCAAUAAACUCUGUGCGUGUGUGUUCUUUCACAUUGUGAGUUGUGAUCAAAGAGCAAGCUUGUUCUAAAGAGGAGUACUACAAAUGUGUGUACAUGGGCAUGUGGUUGUUUGUUUUUUUAACAGAUGGUUACUGAAAUGGAAAUCUAUUUUUGUAAAAUAAGAUUUAUUGAUGUUGAGUCAAUACAAUCAAGUACUGUAGUUUCA